AUUUAUCACAAGCACACAGCGACUUUCUGCUUAUCAUAAGUCAUGGCCGUGGCCCUGCCGCCCGGCGAAAUUACUGUGACACUACAUUGCGCAAGAGAUCUCAAGGACGCGGAUUGGUUCGGCAAGCAGGAUCCAUACGUGAAAUUCAAGUGCGGCAAUGUGGAGUACCGGUCCAACACGCACCACCAGGGCGGCACCAAUCCCGUGUGGAACCAGACCUUUGUUUUCAAGGUUGACCAGGAGACGGAGCUGGACUUUGAGGUGUAUGACGAGGACGCGGGCAAGAUGGACGACUUCCUGGGCAGGGGCAAGGUGGGGCUGGUGGGCGUGCGCACCGCGGCCUCGCGCAAGGAAGAUCUGGAGGCUCCCAUCUUUCGCCGGAUCAGCAAGAAGCAGCAGGGGCACCUGAAGCUCACCAUCAGCUUCCUGCCCUACGCCGCAAUGAGCACGCGCGUGGCGUCCAAACUGCCGACGGCAUCUGUGCCGCUGGAGGUUGCGGCGCUGCCGGCGGGCAGCGCUACCGCGGCGGCGGCGGCGCUGCAGGAGCGGACGUCCUUGCCCGCAGGCGUGGUGCCGCCUGGCCAAGCGCCCGACCCACACCCGUCCUACGAGCCCACGUGCGGCCUCAUCCAGCCUCGCCCCGACCAGUUGCUGCCCUGCCACACCUCCAGCAGAAACGGCCGGGCCUCCAGCAGCAGCGGCUUCACCGAAGUGCCGUCGGAGGCGCCACAGCAGCAACAAGCAGCAGACCCACACGCGGCGGCGGCGGCGGCGGCGGCAGCAGCAGCAGCAGCGGCGGCUGGCGCCGCGGGCGCCCCCGCCCCUGCGGGCUACGCUCCUUACCCGCCCCCUCCUGCGCCGCACCAGGCGCCGCCUACCGCACCGCCACAGGCGGGGGCGCCGCCGCCUGGGGGACAGCCGCAGUCGCAGCCGCCGGCAGCGGCGCCCGUAGGCGCACUGCCGCCGGCUGGCUACCCGCCGCAGCAGCCGGCAGGCUACGGCGCGCCACCGCAGCCAGCGGGCUAUGGCGCACCGCCACAAGCAGCACCCGGCGGCUAUCCGCCGCAGCCCGCCGGGUACCCGCCGGCUCCCGGCGGCUACCCGCCGCAGCAACCGCCGCCGUACGGAGCGCCCGGCGGCGGUUACUCCGGUUACCCGCCAGCUGCCUAUCCUGGCUAUCCCCCGCCACCGGCUCCUGGCGGCUACCCCGGUUAUCAGCCACAGGCGGCGUACCCGGGUUACCCGCCGGCUCCGUAUGGCGCGCCGCCACCGCAGGCACCAGGCGGCUAUCCGGCGUACCCGGGUUACGGGGCGCCACCGCCUGCGUACGGUGGGGCGCCGCCUCCGGCUGGCUACUUGCCGCCCUACCCGCACGCUUGAGCGCUGGGGUCGUCUUGGAGCGGGCGGGGUGCUGCUUGAGUUGGGGGCGGGGGCUGUGGACCUGCCGAUUAAGCACUGCGUGGCGUCGUCGGCAGCGCAGGCCCACCUCCGUACAGAGCCAAAGGCGGCUGUUGUGCGUGUGCCAGUGUACUGUGGGCGCGUUGAGGUUGACUUCCUUUGUAACGGACACACCCUUUAUACACAACAUCAAGAAUCGAGCACGCUGUCCGUUACAGUGCCCUCCGCGGAUGCGACAUGCUCCCAUCCGUGGCUCUCGCCAACGCGGCGUCCCUACACGCCGAAGCAAUGUGUUGAGUUAGCUGUGUAAGGUGGCUCUAUGAGUAGCUAGGCUGUUGAGGUUCCAAACACUUCGUAACUGCAUGCGUCGCUGGGCAGUUGCCCGUGGCAGUUGCCCGCGCGAUGUUGUGUGUAAGGACUGCGGAAGCAAGUAGCGUGCGUGCAUGGAUCAUCAGUGUAAGCGUGUAGUGCUCUUGUGAACACGCGAUACUAUCUGACUAUAUCAUGUCUUGUAUGCAUGCUUGAGUCAUUACGUUGCAAAUUAUUUGCUGUGACGACCUCGGUCCACGACUGCGGCUGUCGCAUUCAUAUAUUGCGCUUUCCGUGCUUCGGCAUGGUAGGCUAUGUCCGGCUAUGUUGCCAGUGCAGUUGCGGCCGUGCUUCCACUGGGCAGACACUGACGUCUGCCUGAUGCCAUGAUCCCCUUUGAUUGUUAUCUGGCGCUUCGAAAGGGCACCUUGAUGAUGGCCUUCAUUGUAACCGGUACGUUCCUGCCAGCGACGGCACGAGCAACCCAGAAGUUGAUGCAGUGCCGCUCCCCUCCCCUCUCCUGGCUGACCCCGAUGAUGGCACACCUUCUCAGGGCUUGCAUCUUCGGGGAGCGGCAAGAAGCGGGUCCUUAUGCAGGCCCACGGGCGAGAAGGUUUGGGCAUUUUCGGGGUACCUUCUCGCCGCGUUGGGCUGCAUUCAGUCCCCGAGAAUCGCCCAGUACCCCUUCCUGGGGGGGAGGGGAUACGCCGAUACGGGAACGAAGGCUUGGAAAUGAGUGGC